GGCCGAUCGUUGAGCCGCAGUCGCCAGGAUGGGCGUGUUUCAAACGAAGAAGUUCCGCUCGAGCGCGCAGAACAACACCGUCGCCGCCAAAUACCGAAGCGCCCUCGCCCGCCGACCUUUCGCCCUCUUCGGUCUACCGUUCAUCGCCACGAUGCUUUUGGGCAGCUUCUUCCUCACGCCAGCGACAGCACUGCGAUACGAGCGACACGACCGAAAAGUACGACAAGUGACAAAAGAUGAAGAGUUGGGCAUAGGGAAGGACAGGAGGAAAAUCGACUUGGCGGAGGAGUACUAUAAACUUUCAGCAAAGGACCUGGACAGUUGGGAGCAGAAGCGAGUGAAGAGAUUGCCUGGCGAACACGACGGAGUGAUGUGAACGUGUGAGAGAAAUCUACUGGACCCGCAGACUCAUUGAACAAUGGCCAGCAGGGUCACCGGUGACGACUGCUUCAACCAGGAUGAAUCACCAUAAGAGGAGAGCUCACAGCACGGAGUCGUUCGG